AUGAAUCACAAUAAUAUCCCAUGUACUGACAUCUACCCCAAUAUUUACCGCAACCUGCGCUCGCAGCUCCAACUGCUUACCGCACCUCUUCUCUCUUUCGCACUCAGCAACCAGCUACCACCUUCCACUUCCGUGGACGCCUCCUACGCACCGCCUUGGUCCGCCGUCCUCUCGCAUGCGCCACCGCAACCUCCAGGCUUCUAUAGCGCCUGGUCACCUUCCAAACUCUUGAGACGUCAUGGUUUUAUUGUGUACUGUGAAGACGUGACAGCCCCUGGAUCAAACAAAUGGUCCGCCGUCCUCUCGCAUGCACCACCGCAACCUCCAGGCUUCUAUAGCGCCUGGUCACCUUCCAAACUCUUGAGUAAAACGAUGCACACAUCGAAGAGCGACAACACCACUUCCACUGCGCUGAGCCGCAAUAUGGCGUUGAGGAUUCAGCGUAGAAGUUUCUUCCUCGCGGCUGCAGUUUUCGCGUUAUGCGUGUCAUUAGCUUACAGCAUCGACUGCUUCAAGUGCGUGUCGAUGAACGGCCGCUUCCCGGCGUGCGACGACCCCUUCCACAACAACCACUCGCUGCAGAUGCUGGAGUCGCCCUGCAUGGGCGGCAGGAAGGGGAGGGACGGCCUGUUCCCUGCCACGUCCUGCAUAAAGAUAGCAGGAGUCUUCGACGACACGGGGGAGAGCAUAACGGUGCGGGGCUGCGGCCUGGACUCCGGCACCGCGACCACGGACACCGAGAUCAUACGAAUGUCCCACUGCGGGCGGUUCUACUACAACGAUCGCUACGUCCAUGGCUGCCUGCAGAGCUGCAACGACGCGGACGCCUGCAAUUCCUCACGCAGAUCCUCGGCUGCAUCUCUUCUUCUCUUCCUAGGCUCACUCACACUGGCGGCACUCGCCCAGUCGCUCCGGAGC